GAAAUGAAAAAAACAUGAAGUACUUUUCAACAAACAAGAAUUUCUUUUGGUUAUCAUUACUGCUCAGUGUCUUAAUAAAUUUUAUUUCGUAUAUUGAUAGUGCAAAAAUCUUAGUUUUUUUCCCGUUAUCUACAUAUAGUCACGUAAAUAUGUUUAAAGGGAUGGUAAAGCCACUUUUAAAUCGAGGACAUGAAAUCGAUUUUGUUAGUUUUUAUCCAUUAAACGUGAAACAUAAAAGAUAUACUGAAAUUGAUAUAAGUAAUUGUUUUCCAGUAUUUAAAAACAACAUAACAAUUCUAAAAAGCGCAGUUGGCAACUUAGAAUUAAUGCAACAAAUGUUUAAUACUCUCGGUCACGAUAUAAUGGAUGCAGUUUUAAAAUCGCCGCAAUUACGCGAAUUAAGAAACACCACAAAAAAAUACGAUUUAAUUUUGCGACAUGUUUUUUUAAGUGAUCCCUUAGAAAUUUAUUCGCAUAUUUUUGGAGCGCCUUCAAUUGGAUUAAUAACAAGUGUUAAUUUACCUUGGACUUCCGAUUUAGUUGGAAUUCCUGAUAAUCCGGCUUUUAUUCCAAGCUUCAACAGUCCUUAUGGUGAAAAAAUGACAUUUAUUGAACGUGCUCUUAAUACUUUUGUGUAUACUUAUCAAAAAUACGAAUAUUGGAGUCUUCAAAAGCGUUUCACGGAAUUAGUUUGGAAAUAUUUUGGACGAGAUCUACCGAGGGUUGAGGAACUUAUUGGAAAAACUAGUUUAAUUUUUUGUAAUAGUCAUUAUACAAUUCAUCAAUCUAGAUCUAUGCCACCGAAUUUUAUCGAAAUUGGGGGUGUUCAUAUUCCUGAAAAAAACAAUUUUAGUCUUCCAAAAAAUUUGCAAUUAAGUGUGGACUCAUCAAAACAAGGAAUAAUUUAUUUUAGUUUUGGUUCGUUGGUGAGAAGUACAAAUUUUAAUCGUAAAACUUUAAGCGGCAUGUUUGAAGCUUUAGGGCAACAACCUUAUAAAGUAUUUUGGAAAGGUGUAAAAGAGGAAAUUCCGGAUGAUUUAAAAAUUCCCGAUAAUAUUAUUUUCGAAACGUGGAUGCCUCAAUUAGAUAUGUUAUGUAAUCCAAACACAAAACUAUUUAUAUCUCAUGGUGGUUUAUUUGGGGUGCAAGAAGCUAUUUAUUGUGGUAUUCCAAUUUUGGGAAUACCCUUUUUUGCCGAUCAAGCUUCAAACAUACAAUUAUUGGUUGAAAAAAACGUUGCUAAAUUGAUGUAUUUACAAGAUGUAGCUGAAGGAGAUAAGUUUAAAGAAAAUGUUGAAACUUUAUUAAAACCACAAUAUAAACGAAAUGCUGAAAAUCUUUCAAAACUUUUCCGAGAUCGACCAAUGUCGCCGAUAAAAACAGCAAUUUAUUGGAUUGAAUAUGUUAUUAAAUAUAAUGGGGCGAAUCAUUUAAAAUCGGCAGUAACACAACUUCAUUGGUAUCAAUAUUACUUAUUAGAUCUUAUUGGAGCCAUCUUAAUAAUUUUUAUGUUUAUAUUUAUUAUUUUGUAUUUAAUUUUGACUCGCGACUAUAAAUUGAUAUAUUUGUUAGGCGAUCGUGUUAUUCCAAAAAAUACCAAAACCAUGAACCAGUUUAAAAAAAAAAGGAUUUCGUUUCAAUUAUUGUUGGUGCUAAAUAUAUUUAUAUUUUUCACGUCCUGUAGUGAUGGUGCAAAAAUUUUAGCAUUUUUUCCGUUCUCUGCAUACAGUCAUAUAAAUAUGAUUAAGGUAAUGGUUAAACCACUUUUAGAUCGUGGGCAUGAAAUCGAUUUAGUUAGUUUUUAUCCAUUAAAUAUUAAACAUAAAGGCUAUUCUGAUAUUGAUAUAAGUGCCUGUUCCCCAGUGUUAAAAAACAGUAUAACAUUAUCAAAAAGCUUAGUUGCUGACAUUGAUUUAAUGCAAGACAUGUUUAAUAAGUACGGUCACGAGUUAAUGGAUGCAGUUUUAAAAUCACCACAAUUACGCAAAUUAAAAAAUUCCACAAAAAAAUAUGAUUUAAUUUUGCGGCACAUUUUAUUAAGUGAUCCUUUGGAAAUUUAUUCCCAUAUUUUUGGAGCGCCCUCAAUUGGAAUGAUUACAAGUGUUAAUUUACCUUGGUCUUCCGAUUUAGUUGGAAUUCCAGAUAAUCCGGCGUAUAUUGCAACUUUUAAUAGUCCUCAUGGUGAAAUAAUGUCAUUUUCUGAACGUGCAAUCAACACUAUUAUAUACACUUUUCAAAAGUAUGAGUAUUGGAAAGUACAAAAGCGUUUCACCGAAUUAAUUUGGAAAUAUUUUGGACGAAAUAUGCCAAGAGUUGAGGAACUUUUAGGAAAAACUAGUUUAAUUCUUUGUAACAGUCAUUAUACAAUCCACCAAUCUAGAUCUAUGCCACCGAAUUUUAUUGAAAUUGGGGGUGUUCAUAUUCCUGAAGAAAACAAUUUUACUCUUCCAAAACAUUUACAAUUAGGUGUAGAUUCAUCAAAAGAAGGAUUAAUUUAUUUUAGUUUUGGUUCGACGGUGAAGAGUACAAUUUUCAAUCGUAAAAUUUUAAGCACAAUGUUUGAAGCUUUAGGGAAGCAACCCCACAAAGUGUUUUGGAAGGGUGAAAAGGAAGAUAUUCUUGACGAUUUAAAAAUUCCCGAUAAUAUUAUUUUCGAACCAUGGAUGCCUCAAUUAAAUAUGUUAUGUAACCCAAACACAAAACUUUUUAUAGCUCACGGUGGCUUAUUUGGUGUGCAAGAAGCUAUUUAUUGUGGCAUUCCAAUUUUAGGGAUACCUUUCUUCGCUGAUCAAGCUUCAAAUAUCCAAUUUUUAGUUGAAAAGAAUGUUGCUAGAUUAAUUUAUGUGGAAGAUAUAGCUGAAGGAAAUAAGUUUGAAGAAUAUAUAGAAACUUUAUUAAAACCACAAUAUAAACAAAAUGCUGAAAAUCUUUCAAAACUUUUCCGAGAUCGACCAAUGUCGCCGAUAAAAACAGCAAUCUAUUGGAUUGAAUAUGUUAUUAAGUACAAUGGGGCGCCUCAUUUAAAAUCAUCAGUGACAAAACUUUAUUGGUAUCAAUAUUAUUUAUUGGAUGUUAUUGGAGUUUUCUUAAUAAUUUUUGCAUUUAUUAAUUUUACUUAA